UAUGCCACCGUUGUAUCACGCAUCAGUGUUAAGUAGGAACAUGAUGAUAGCAGUGGCAUUACUAACAAUUGUGAUUUUACCACACGUUGUCGUAGGCGGUCCAUACAGUAGUCCACAAUGUGCGUCAGGCCGUGAUUCAAUUGUUCAUCUGUUCGAGUGGAAAUGGACAGACAUAAAAGCAGAAUGUGAGAGGUUUCUUGGUCCAUACGGAUUCUGUGGUGUUCAGGUCUCGCCGCCAAACGAAAACGCUGUCGUCACCAACCCAAACCGUCCUUGGUGGGAAAGAUACCAACCUGUGAGCUAUAAAGUGAUCUCAAGAAGCGGAAAUGAACAAGAGUUUAGGGAUAUGGUAACAACAUGCAACAAGGUCGGGGUCAGAAUCUAUGUAGACAGCGUUAUUAACCAUAUGACCGGAGGAUACUCCGGAACAGGUACCGGAGGAGACCAUUUUGACGGCGGGAGUUGUAGUUACCCAGCGGUACCAUUCGGCAGCCAGGACUGUAAUGGCGGUGAUGUAUGUCAUACAAGCGACGGAUCCAUCCAUAAUUACAACAAUCCUGCGGAAGUUCGAAACUGUGAAUUGGUCGGUUUGUCCGAUCUCCGUCUAUCGAAGGAUUAUGUUAGGGGUAAAAUUGCAGGAUAUUUUAACCAUCUUAUUGACAUGGGUGUUGCGGGAUUUAGAGUUGAUGCCGCGAAACACAUGUGGCCAGGAGAUCUGGAAAACGUAUUUGCAAGACUUCACAACCUUAGAAGCGAUGCAUUCGGUUCUGGAAAAAAGCCAUUUAUUUUCCAAGAAGUCAUCGACAUGGGUGGUGAAGCGAUAAAAAUGGACGAAUAUUUUGGCACGGGCAGAGUCACUAACUUUAUCUAUGGUGUUAAGCUAGCUGACAUUUUUCUCCGACAUUCAAACCAAGCGAAAUGGCUUGGUAACUUUGGAGAAAAAUGGGGCAUGCCCAGUUCAUAUGACGUUGUUGUAUUCCUCAAUAACCAUGACAACCAAAGAGGACACGGUGGCGGAGGCGCCCCUAUAACGUUCUGGGACCCUAAACCAAUGAAAAUUGCAACAGCUUUCAUGUUGGCCCAUCCAUAUGGAUUCCCUAGGAUCAUGAGUAGCUACCGUUGGAACAGGAAUAUUCAGAAUGGAGAUGACACAAACAAUUGGGAAGGACCACCACACAACAGUGAUAUGAGUACAAAGGAUGUUCAGAUCAACGCUGAUCUCUCUUGUGGAGGCGGCUGGGUAUGCGAGCACAGAUGGCGCCAAGUUUACAAUAUGGUGGGCUUCAGGAAUGUUGUUGCUGGUACCUCGCUCACAAAUUUCCAUUCCUACGGGGACCAGGCCAUUUCAUUUUCGCGAGGGGAUAAAGGUUUCAUUGCCCUUGUUGGUGAUAACAGCUCUUUGAAUCAAAACAUUAACACAGGACUCCCGGCUGGAAGUUAUUGUGACGUCAUUUCCGGAAAUUAUUUAAAUGGCGCGUGUACCGGAAAAACUGUUCAUGUGGAUGGCAGUGGUCAAGCUCACAUCAGUAUAAACGGGCAUUCAGACGAUCCUGUAGUCGCUAUCCAUGUUGGCGCCAAAGUAGGAAGUCCAAAGAAAGUUACAACUUAAUUUUGUAUGUUCUGAUGCUCUGAACAUGUAAUAAAUAAAUAAAUAAAUAAAUAUUUCAUUUAAACUCUGAAA